ACCAACAAAAAAAAAAUACAUGAGCGCAUGCGCGACAACCUUGCCGAACAGAUGACCCAUAAUUUUCCAUGGUUUUUACUCGGAUAAUUUCACAAUCACGAAAUUGUGAAUGAUAAUGAAAUUGCGGUAAGGAACACUGCAAAUUGAACACUGCAAAACGCGAUAAAAGGACGGAACAUGUCAAUUAUGUUGUAAACGUUAAAAGGUUCCCUCCGAGAAAACAGAGGCGAACGUCAAGGAGAUUGGAGUAAUCCGGAGUAAAUCAUCGUGAAUACGUGCAUUACAUCAUUACUCGCAGAAUUUUGGGCGUUAAUGUUUAUAAGACAUCGAUGAGAUAUGCGGCAUCAAGUUAGAUCAAAUCCUCCGCGAGUCUCUCUACUUGACCCAUCAGUCGCUACGAGCUACGAUAUCUGCCCACAUACGAGAGAUGUCCACGGUGGAGGCAACACCGUUCAUCCGCACCAUCGAGUGGGACAUGAUGGACAAGACCAAAUUCUUCCCGCUCAGCAUGCUGUCCUCGUUCUCGGUCAGGUGUUGCCUGUACCCCCUGACAGUGAUCAAGACUCGCCUUCAAGUGCAAAGGCAAAAUCACAUGUACAAUGGCAUGAUAGACGCGUGUAAAAAAAUUUACAAGGUAGAAGGUGUUUCGGGCCUCUAUCGGGGCUUCUGGAUAAGCUCCAUUCAAAUCGUCUCCGGGGUGUUUUACGUAUCGACCUACGAGGGGGUGCGUCACUUGCUCAGGCAGGACACAUCCCUUGGACGCGUGGACUCAAAGGUCAAAGCGUUGAUCGCCGGCGGUGCCGCGAGUUUAGUCGGGCAAACGAUAGUCGUUCCCUUUGACGUUCUCAGCCAGCAUCUAAUGGUCCUCGGGAUAAAUAACACCAAGCACGGAAGGGUGCAUGUAGAUAAAAUGGGAAUGAAUCCGUUAGGCUUGACCCUUGAACCCGGAAAGACUCGCGCGCAAAUCUCCGCGGAGAUAAUAAGAUUAAUUUAUCAGAGGGAUGGUUACCGCGGUUUCUACCGAGGGUACAUGGCGUCCUUGUGCGCGUAUGUACCCAACAGCGCCCUUUGGUGGGGAUUGUAUACGGUUUAUCAAGACGAGCUUAUAAGAUUACUUCCGAGCUGGUUCUCGCACUUGUGCAUACAGGCGAUGGCGGGCACGCUCGGGGGUUUCACGACCACGAUAAUCACGAAUCCCCUGGACAUCGUGCGGGCGAGAUUGCAGGUGCAACGACUGGACAGUAUGCUCAGUGCGUUUAGGAUACUGUGGAUCGAGGAAGGACUACACAUGUUUACCAAAGGCCUCUCCGCGAGGCUCGUACAAUCCGCUUGCUUUAGCUUCUCGAUUAUCCUAGGUUACGAAACUAUCAAGAGAGUGAGCAUAACCGAAGAGUACAAGAGUUACAUUCGGUGGUGAGCUGCACAGAUCGCUAUUACGAUUAAUUUUUACGCGGAACGGAAUCGCGCACGGGUUCCGUCCGCGACUUUUUAUACGACUGCGACGCGCCUUUCAAUAUGUGCGCGUGUGCGUGUCACUUUUUACACAUCAAGGGAAAGACCGUUACAAUUUAAUCGACACACUAGCGAGGGUGAGGAAAAAUUCUGUAGCUUCUUCAGUUCUUCUACAAAAAGUUACCUAAGUUAAUUUUCUUCGGCUAUGGAAGUGCUAAGUUAUGUUAGAUUUUUUUUAGCGUAAUGGAAGCUAUUCUUUCGUUAUAUGAACAAAAAAAAGAGUAAUAUAAUUGAAUAAUUGUAUCAUCCGUCAUCCGUUUCGCGUCAUUGCCGUAACUCGCGCACCGCACACUCCGAAAAGACACAUGCGUUAGUAACUAUAAAGAUGAUAACUAUACAAGUUUUAUAUGUAGAAUUAAUGUACAUAGCUGAAUAAAUUUGUAUAUAGUUAAAUAAACUAUCUUAUAGUUGCAAUAACUAUAAAAUAAUUAAUUUGACUAUAUGGCGAGAAAAAUUAAUUCUAUUAUAAAACAUUAUAAAACUUGUACAGUUGUUACGUUAGCAAUUGCCAUCAUUAUGUCCUUUUCGAGGAUAAUUUGUUACGUCACUCAAUCACGUAGAGAGGAAACUUUACAUAUACUUCGAUGUACAUAAAACAAUAGUGAAAAAUGACGGCAACUAGGCGAGUAUUUGUAAAUGUAAUAAUAAAAGCGCAUUUUUUGUACGCUAGCAUCACGUGUCAGAUGGAGUACAAACUUCGUAACAUGUGUUAGAUAUGUUACUGUGAUACAAACUGCGUUCUACUCGCACUUUAGGAAGACGGCCGGUAUCUUAGACGCGCGCGCGUCCGUUUACAAGUGUUACGAUAUAGAUGAUCCUAGUCAGACAUGGGCAUGCAACGUGCGUGUAACGUGUAUCGGCCGCCUUGAAAGUACGGAUAGAACGUAAUACCUGAAUCGAGCGGAUUAUACUGGUUCGCUGAAAUAUCGGUAGAGAGGAUAUGCCGCAAAGAUGUAAGGAAUAAUGACUGUUUAAUAUUUCCACCUACAUUAUACACUGUAUAUACAGCAAAAUUGUGAGAAUCCCCCUCCGAGAACUCCUUGUGAGAACGUUAAUAAAUUUUAUUGGCUAUAUUAAA